GUACACGCGCGUAGAUGUUGUAUACGCACUUCCUUACCCAUUAAAAUUUAAAAAACAAAUCGUUUUUAAUUAAAAUUUAAAACGAACUUUCUGUAUUAAAAAAGUUUUAAUUCACAUUAAAUUUAAAUAUUGAAAUAUAAAUUUAAUUUAAAAUUCUUGAUAAACUCUUUUAAAACCUUUCUUUUUGAUGAAUACAUAUUGAUAAACUUAACGCGUUUAACCCAUUUAACAUACAAACUGUCAAAACGAUAAGCUGCUCGCGAUACUAAGUGAUAUAUGACAUCGAGAUGAUUAAUUAGCAUCACAGAAAAAGGAUUCUCAUUCAAGAGGAUAAGACAUUGGAUUGUCUUAGAUAUGAAGCAAGAUAUAAAAUAAUUUUUUGAUAUCUCAAAAAUGGACUACGCGCGAAAAAUCGGUAAAUCUGAUAAGCCCCGAAUCUGGAAGAAGACUCGCCAGCCGCUCGUAACGACCAGGGAUAACCUUCUCUCCGGAGACACAUUCUUUUCGGAAGAUCGUCGCCUCGUAAACUGGGAGAAAUGGCUUGCCGAUCGAAGGAAGCAAAAUCGUCACAUCGAAUUUGUUACAGGUCGUUCGCCGGCCGAUCAGCUGCAGAGUUCCUCAGAGAGGUUCCGCACCUACGUCGAGAUGAAAAACCUGAUGGAACACGCUGCCGCGGCCGUACCCGUGGUCGCCGAUAAGUACCGCGGCGGACCGGAGUUUUGGAGAACGCCGGAAUUCCUGCCGAAUCGCGGAGAUGCUUGUCUGCCGGACGUGUCCUUGACUCCCAGCAGAAGGGACCUGAAUCUUCCUCCGGAUUUAAUGCACGUUGGACUGCCGGAUUUGACCGCGAGGGAACGGGACGCCGCUCGGGAAACUAAAGAGGAAUUCUGGAAGCGCAGCGAGUACCUGAAGACGCGUAGGCUCGAACUCGCCGAGGAAAUCGCAUUGCUGCUGCCGAAGGAGCCGGACACGACAACGCUGGCCGUUCAAGGGCGUGCCUGUCGAAGGAAGAAGCUGCCGCUACUACGAAUUCCGCCGAUAACUAUUACGGCGCCCGAUGAGGACGAGCCAUCACACGAGGAGGACGCCGAUCAGGCGGUGGUGCUGAAGAUUCAGGAUCGAGAAUUUGUCUGGCGGAGAUCUCUCGUGGAAACGGAGCCGGCGGACGCCAAUCCGAUCACGUGGUCUUUGACUUUCGCGGGUGAGUGCGACGAACGAAUCGAAAGGGAGAUCGUUCUCGAGAACAAGGGAACCUGCGUUAUCGUGUACCACUGGCGGCACUCGCCCUUUCGGACGUACGGCAUGUCCCUCGAGAGACCCGGGCGCAGUCCAUUCUUUUUCAACAAGACGAAGGAACUCUUACUUCCGGGGCAGAUCGUGAGAAUCAAGGUGUGGUAUCGAUCCAGGACACGCGGAGUCUUCGCCGAAUUCUGGCAACUCGUCACGGAUCCGAAAUUCAGUUCCUCCACGUUCACGUUUCGCUUCUGGGGCUGCUCCACGACCGAUGCUCGAAGCGCAGAACUGACCGAUCACCGAGCGAUCGACGAAUACCUGAAUCGCCGCAUUCGCGACUCGACGAUCCGCUCGAUUGUCGAGGAGAUCAUAGGUGGACUGGAGAAACGCGGUGAGCCAUCGGUGCCGCUUUGCGAGAUAUCGCUUUCGCAAAGUGACUUGUUCGUCUUUCUGAAUCCCAGUUACCAUUAUCACCCGAGUAUCGUGAUGCAAUUGCAGAGACUAUAUUUUGACGUUACCGGUGAAGGCUCGCCGGCCUGGAACUUGUCGCUGGACACUCUGCGGGAUAUCCUUUUACAGAUAAAAGACACGAGUUUCAGACGCGAUACGCUCGCUCGAUUUAACGAACUUUGCAAGCAAAGCCUCAGACCGAGAUUGAUCGAGUUCGAUGUCGCACGCUAUAGUAAAUACGACGCUGUGUACAACAUUUUAUGUGCCUUCGCGAAUCUGUUUGAAAAUGAAAGUGAACUCGUGAAGAGGGACAGUCUGAUACAGGAAGUGUCAGCAACGCCGAUAGAAGUGGAGCAGAAAUUAACGCCUUUGUCUCAAAGAUCCGAUAACAGCUCGCAAAAAGUACAUGGCAAAAGAUUAAAUCAAUCAGAAGGUGCACUCGUGCAGAAAAAAAAGGGAAAUUUCGACUUAAAUUUGCAACCUUAUAGAGAAAUAUUCUUUAUUCGUAUAUAUAAAGCUCUAGAGGAAGCAGUAGAACGAGUUUGCGCCAGUAUCGAUUCUUUCCAUAGACUUAAUGAAUUAAAGAUUAAAAUGUAGCGGUAAUUAUAUCUAUUUUCAAACAGUAACAGAUAAUAAACUUCCAAAUUUUUAGUCAAUAA